AUGAAUGGAAUCGAACUCACAAGGAUAGAGCCGUGCCAGGCUCUGUAUGAUAAGCAGAUAGUGUGCCGGAUAGAGCCGUGCCAGGCUCUGUAUGAUAAGCAGAUAGUGUGCCGGAUAGAGCCGUGCCAGGCUCUGUAUGAUAAGCAGAUAGUGUGCCGGAUAGAGCCGUGCCAGGCUCUGUAUGAUAAGCAGAUAGUGUGCCGGAUAGAGCCGUGCCAGGCUCUGUAUGAUAAGCAGAUAGUGUGCCGGAUAGAGCCGUGCCAGGCUCUGUAUGAUAAGCAGAUAGUGUGCCGGAUAGAGCCGUGCCAGGCUCUGUAUGAUAAGCAGAUAGUGUGCCGGAUAGAGCCGUGCCAGGCUCUGUAUGAUAAGCAGAUAGUGUGCCGGAUAGAGCCGUGCCAGGCUCUGUAUGAUAAGCAGAUAGUGUGCCGGAUAGAGCCGUGCCAGGCUCUGUGUGAUAAGCAGAUAGUGUGCCGGAUAGAGCCAUGCCAGGCUCUGUAUGAUAAGCAGAUAGGGUGCCUAUAUAGUCUGAAGGGAUAUAAUGCCAGAACAGGAUACCAGAUAAAGUAA